CCACUCUCUCUCUCUCUUUCCCUGCAGGAUCAUCCCACCCCGACGGGCGGUCACCUCAGCAGGAGGAGUCGCCGCCGUUUCGCCUUCUCUCCCGCAAGACCUGACGGCAGUAAGCCUCGCCGCGCCGAGCCCGUCGCCAUGCAAGCAGGGAAGGCAGCCGGGAGCUGGGAGGGUGGCAGGCCCCUACAGCUCACCAUGAAGAGGGGCUACGAGGUGCUCCGCGACCCGCACCUUAACAAGGGCAUGGCUUUUACCUUGGAGGAAAGGCAACAACUGAAUAUCCAUGGACUGUUGCCACCUUGCUUUCUCAGUCAAGAUGUCCAGGUUUUGACUAUUCUUAAGAAUUUUGAAAGACUGACAUCCGACUUAGACAGAUAUAUUCUACUAAUGAGUCUUCAGGAUCGAAAUGAAAAGCUUUUCUAUAAAGUGCUGACUUCUGACAUUGAAAAGUUCAUGCCUAUUGUUUAUACUCCCACUGUGGGACUGGCUUGCCAGCAUUAUGGUUUAGCAUUUCGGAGGCCAAGAGGUCUUUUUAUUACUAUCCAUGACCGGGGGCACAUUGCUGCAAUGCUGAAGUCCUGGCCAGAGAAUGUCAUCAAGGCUAUUGUAGUGACAGAUGGAGAACGUAUUCUUGGUCUUGGAGACCUUGGCUGUUAUGGAAUGGGAAUCCCAGUUGGUAAACUGGCACUUUAUACAGCAUGUGGAGGAGUGAAACCUUUUGAGUGCCUACCUGUGAUGUUGGAUGUGGGAACAGAUAAUGAGGCAUUGCUGAAAGAUCCUUUGUAUAUUGGGCUGAGACAUAAGAGAAUCAGAGGUCAAGCCUAUGAUGAUCUUCUUGAUGAAUUCAUGGAAGCUGUGACUUCAAGUUAUGGCAUGAACUGUCUCAUUCAAUUUGAGGAUUUUGCUAAUGUUAAUGCAUUCCGCCUGCUGCAUAAAUACCGUAACAAGUAUUGCACUUUCAAUGAUGACAUUCAAGGAACAGCAUCUGUGGCAGUUGCAGGUCUUCUUGCAGCUCUGCGUAUCACUAAGAACAGGUUAUCAGAUCACACAGUGUUGUUCCAGGGAGCUGGAGAGGCUGCACUGGGGAUAGCAAACCUAAUUGUUAUGGCUAUGGAAAAAGAAGGGAUGUCUAAAGAUGCAGCUAUCAAAAGGAUAUGGAUGGUUGACUCAAAGGGAUUGAUAGUGAAGGGGCGUGCCUCAUUAACAGAAGAGAAAAGUCAUUUUGCACAUGAACAUGCUGAAAUGAGAAAUCUAGAAGACAUUGUUAAAGAUAUAAAACCAUCCGUGCUAAUAGGAGUUGCUGCAAUUGGUGGUGCUUUUACUAAACAAAUUCUUCAGGAUAUGGCUGCUUUCAACAAAAACCCAAUUAUUUUUGCUCUCAGCAAUCCUACCAGCAAAGCAGAGUGUACUGCUGAGCAGUGCUACAAAUAUACAGAGGGACGUGGCAUUUUUGCCAGUGGAAGUCCUUUUGAUCCUGUCACUCUUCCAAAUGGAAAAACUCUGUAUCCUGGGCAGGGUAACAAUUCCUACGUGUUCCCUGGUGUUGCUCUUGGUGUUAUUUCAUGUGGAAUGAAACAUAUUACUGAGGAUGUGUUCCUCACAACUGCUGAGGUAAUAGCUCAGCAAGUUUCAGAGGAGAAUUUACAGGAAGGUCGCCUGUACCCUCCUUUAGUAACAAUUCAGCAGGUGUCUCUGAAGAUUGCUGUGAGGAUUGCAGAAGAAGCCUACAGGAAUAACAGUGCCACCACCUACCCUCGGCCCGAGGACCUUGAAGCCUUCAUCCGUUCGCAGAUGUACAGCACUGAUUAUAACAGCUUUGUGGCUGACUCAUACACCUGGCCUGAAGAAGCCAUGAAAGUGAAACUGUAAAUACUUCAUGAAGAAAUAAGCAAAUCAGCAGCAGUGGAAAAGCACUAAAAUAUUCAGAAUGUUUCUGCCUAGAGAGCCGAAGAGUAGAUAAUUUUGUAAGAUUCAGAACAAGUUUUCUAAAUCGUAAUUUGAUUAGAAACUCAGAUUAAGAAGUCAUAAUUAAUUAUAAAUGAAAAAAUAAAAAUUGAUCUGAGAACUGUA